CAAGUAGUGCUUACAUGAGAUUUUUGAAAACAAAAGAAAUAUACUACAAUUCGUAUAUAAGGUAUACGCUAAUUAUUUAGUAUGUCAUGUAAAUGGGAAGCAUUAUUAUUCAAGCAUAUCUGUGAAUGUAGCAAUAAGACAGAUAAAUUUAUUUGAAUUACGCCCGCGUAUAUUUUUAAGACGACGGAAUCUUUGUCGUUGUCAAUAGUAGCUCGUUAGAAUUUGCGAAAUUCAUACGUAUUUAUGGUUGAAGAUGAAGUUGCUGUGUUUUGUUUAAUUUUGCGAUGGUUGUUGUGUCUAUAAAUGGGAUUUUUAUGAAGCGAUUGUACAACCAAUUUCUUGAGACUGAAUAUAUGUGACAUCGUCUGGAUGAGGGAUAAAAUAAGUGCACUGGGACUCGACACAAUUCGUCGCUUGGAGUUGAAAGUGAGUGUGAGCGUGCGGGACGCGAGCGCGCGCGACUGGCGAUGGCGCGGCGAUGAGACGCGCGGCGCGUGCGCACACCCGCGCCCGCACAACAUGCGGCUCUGCGGAUGCUGUAUUGUGGGCGGAGGUCGCAAGUCGUCAGAGAGCGAGGAGGUGACGAGCCGCGCUCGGUCGCGAGCCUCCAGCGUGUCGGACGAGGGAGGCUUCAACGAGCCGUCGCCCGAAGUCGUGGCGCGACUGCGGCCGGCCGACUACCGGGAUCCACCCGCCCUCACGCCGGACAUUCGCGACGCGGAGCGAGCCCGCUCCGACCCUGACACGUUGUCUGUAUUGCAGCAGGACUCGGGCGUAGUAGUAAGCGAGGCGAGUCAGGGCUCCAUAGAGGUGCUCGAUAAAUCGACCACCAGCCAAUGGAGUGUGUCAGAGGAGGUGCCGGGGGAGGGCCGCGGGGAGGCGGGCGCGGAGGAGGACGACGGGGACGGCAAACAGCCGGACAGCAUGACUCCCGACGAGGCCGAGAUACUCUUGAGCUCCAGUAUUCUGGAGAAAAAACUUAGGCAAGAAGCUCUGCUGUCAGACGAGCAGGCGCAGGAAAUAGUGGCGAUGUUGUCGCCUCACACGCUGCCUCACGACAACGGCGUCUCGCUCAACGACAGCUACCAGUCCGUGCUCUCGUACGAGAGCAUGCAGUCAGUGGACGAGAGCUACGAGUUCGUGUCACUAGAGGCGGACGGUGGUGCAGGGCCGGAUGGUGGGGGGGAGUGCGGCGCGGGGGACGGCGGCACUGGGGCAGGUGACCCCCGCCCCGCAGCCCCCGAGCCCGCGCCGGCGCAGGAAGAGCCGGCCACCGUGUUUGACCACUACCCGCCCAUGGCGCUGCGGGAGCUCGCAGAGGAGAAUGGCAUCCACUACUUCGAGGACGGACACUUCUAUACAGAAGUCGCCGGACUACCGCCGGUCGAAGAAGACGAGGAUGACGAUUAUUACCCACCAGUAUUUGUUAAGAGAAAUACCAAAGUUAAAUUCAGCUCGGACCCGAUGCGCGUGUUCUCGACGCACUCGGUGCGCGAGUACGACCGGCGCAACGAGGACGUGGACCCGGUGGCCGCCUCCGCCGAGUACGAGCUGGAGAAGCGAGUGGAGAAGAUGCACGUGUUCCCCGUAGAUCUCAUCAAGGGCGCCGACGGGUUGGGGCUCUCUAUUAUUGGUAUGGGUGUAGGCGCGGAUGCGGGGUUGGAAAAACUGGGAAUCUUCGUAAAAACAAUCACCGAAAGCGGCGCGGCCGCGCGCGACGGGCGGAUACAGGUUAAUGAUCAGAUCAUCGAGGUCGACGGGAAGAGUUUGGUGGGCGUAACACAAGCGUACGCCGCGUCAGUGUUACGCAACACGUCCGGUCCCGUCAAGUUCCUCAUCGGCCGGGAGAAAGACCCCGAGAACAGUGAAGUGGCGCACUUAAUACGGCAGUCACUGGCAGCCGAUAAGGAGAGAGAAGAAAGGGCAAAUCGUGAACGUCAGCGGCGACAACAGACCGAGGAGGAGGCGAGUCCGCCCGCGACCGACGCCAGGCAUCCCGACAUCGCUGAACUGCGCGCUCUGCUUAAUGAGUUGGUGGGCAUGGAGUCGGGCGGCGGCAGCGGCGCGGAGAUCAGCGCGCGCGUGCGCGAGUGGUGCGCCGCGCGCGCGCCCAGCGAGCACUUGCGGCGCGCGCUGGCCGCCGCCGCCGACACCGCGCACCGCGCGCACCGCAAGUACGACAAGGCCCGGCGAGCGCUUCGCGAGUGGCGACGCACGCGUGCUAUGGUGCGCGCGCGCGAGGAGUGGUGGAGCAGCGCGCUGCGGGAGGCGCAUCGCGAGUACGCAACCGCUCUCUCCGCGCUCCACGACCGCGUGGCGCGCCUCGAAGUGCUCUUGCUGGAAACCCAAAAGAAAGCCGGUUUACCAGUAAUGUUGCCUCACGAACCAUCCGCACGGCGAGAGACGCCGCCUCUGCCGCGGCGACCCGACCCGGAUCCGCUACUUAUCAACGAUCCUUGGAGUUCAGACAGCGAUCUCUCGGAUCUGUCGCCUAUAGAGGACGAAUACGCCAAAGUCGACAAGUCAGACAAGAAGCCGAGAGAGGCGCCCGACAUCGGUGACGUCACAGCUACCACUGCCAGUGACGUCAAGACUACAAACGUCAGCACCAAUUCGGUGACGUCAUACGCCAACGCCGCGACGUACGCAACGGUGAGCUCGUCAACGUCAUACAGUGACGUCACCACGGCUACUACGUACGUCAACGUGACGUCGGCGGCGUCGAACGUCGUGCCCACUGCUAACUCCGUGAGCCACGUCACUGUGACCACGGUAGCGCCAGCCGUAGUCACAGAUACUUUAAAUGGAGCGAGCACGACAGGCGCGUCGGGCGCCAGUGUCACCUCUAUCAGUCAGAGCGUGACGAGCGGCGUGGUGAGCGGCGCGGCGAGCGGGCUAAUGAGCGGAGCGGUGAGCGGGACUGGUAGCGAGGGCGUGACGUCACGCGAGCUGGACGCCGCCGUGCCGCGCGGCGCGCUGCUCGACACGUCGGCGCACCGCGCCCGCACCGACCUAGCGCGUCACCGCCAUCACGCGCCGCUCUCGCACUCCACGCACUCGCCGCACUCGCUCAGCAACGCCAGUUCCUAUGACGGACUAGACGACUCAUACAACGACUCCGCAGACGAAUCCCUCAGUGAAUCCACCUCCGGUGCACCGCCACACACAUCCCACCAUACGCGAGAUACACGACAAAGUUGUGGCAGUUCAGUCGGCAGCGCCACAGACGAUGCGGUAUACUCUCGGGACCACAGACAUCAUCCGCUCUCAGGUCCGCCGGCGUCGUUGGCCGAACAGCUGAAGCAAGUGCUGGCCGAGCGCGAGCGGCGACUCGCGUCGGGCACCUCGCCGCACCCGGACCCCGUGCAGCUCACCAACGACCUCGUCGACGAGAUCCGCCAGGCCGUCAGCGAGGCCAAUGCACGAGUGAAGAAAGCUCCGGCUUGUGUAGUCGGCGGCGAGGUGCCGUGGCAGCCGCUGUCUGCCGCCGCGUCCGAGGCGAGCCUGUCGCCGCCGCCGGCUCCGCUGCCCGCGCUGGCGCUGCCGCAGCCGCCAAGCCUGUGGAGCAAGCAGCAGGUAUGGCAAUGGAUAUCGGGUCUGGGCGAGGGGCUGGAACGUCACGCGGGCGCGUUCGCGACGCGCGGCGUUGACGGCGCGUUGCUUCUGACGCUGAGCUCCUCCGACCUCAAGCUGCUUGGCCUGGCGGGUGACGACCGCAGAAAGAUGAAGCGACGCCUCAAGGAGCUCCGGUCCGCACAGGAGAAGCACCUCAAAGCGAUGAAGAAGGCCGAGAAAAAGGCCAAGAAAAAGUAACAAUUACCAAAUUAAAGUAUACCGUACUUACCUUUAUCCAGUAGGACUGCCAUAAUAGCCGUGUGGACUAUAGCAAACGGACGUGAAUUUGAACGGCUAGGAUUAUGCUGCAAGAUGGAUGCACUCUGAUAUACAUUCUCAAGUAAAUAUUCAAAGCGUUCAAAUCUUGUGUGUGAACGCUUUGGUUUUCAGGAAAAAGUGUGUUUCGGUCUUAUAGCUGUGUCUGUGUGUGUGUUUUAGAUUAUAACCUCUUGUGUCAAUGUUCACGGGAUUAAAUGAAAUUGUAUGAUACAAUCUAUUACACGUAAAUAUUAUAAGAACUCUUUCGUUGUAACAAGGCUGUAUAAUGUAAUCAGUAUGUGAAUGGUACGAUUAGCAGUUCUACGCUAGAUGAUACGAUUAGAUACAUGAAACGAUGCCAUUGAACGUACGCAGGACCAGUGGCGUGCAUGAGGUUUUUAACUGGGGUAGGCGUAUAAGUACAUAUUGUACCAAGUGGAAAAUUCCUACUCUAAUACAGUGUGCCUAGUGGGAGUUUUCAAUGUUUUCAUACUGUUGCUAUCGCGAAUUUAUAUGGAAUUGAAACAGUUGUGCAGUAUUGCCACUAGAUGGCACUGUUACAAUUCCUUGGAAAUUCGCGUUUACGUUAACGCGAUCGUCACAGUAUCAAACUGCCACUAGGCCCUCAGUUUCGUUAUGAAUUCUCAGGGCAUGCAGCACUUUUAUGCAUCUAUGAUGUGCACGCCACUGCGGGACCUAUGCAAAUAGGGGUGUUUUACUAAUGCAAUUAACUGUCGAUAUAAAAAGAUAUUUAAAGCUAAACAUUAUAGCUGAGCAAAUUUCAAAACAUAGUGUUUUCAUAUGAGUUCUAAAAAAAGCAUUAAUUCUUUUUGCAAAAACGUCACUCUAAAAGGCUUUAAAUGAAAAGUUAAAUUAAUAAUUUAAUGUAUUAUUUAUUUCUUGCUAACAAUUGCCAGCUAUUAAUGAAUCUCUAUUAAAUCCGCGUAUUAAAACCUCCGUGCGCGUAGGUUAUUGUUAUUUUUAACAAGGCACAAUAGCAGCUAUGGUGUUUGUGGACUGUCAUAUUAAUCCUUGGGCCCAAGAACGAAAUAUUGAUUCAUGACCAUACUUCUCAAACUUUGUGUCUGUGUAUAUUCAUGAGUCGGUCAAAAUUAUGAACGUAAGGAACCAUGGCACUGGAGCGUUUACUUUCCAAGCCAUCUUCUUGUAUUUGGUGCAUCCGAUAACAAAUAUGCCUCUAAAAAAUGCGACAAAGUUAUCAUUUGAUUUUAAAUUAUCAUUUAUUUUUUUAUGUUUUAUCUCAAUGAUUCGUAUUGUUCAUAGUUUUGUCCGUCUCGCUAUGAAUACACAAAGUUUGAGGAGUACUGUCAUAAAUAAAUAUUUUUAUCCUGGGCCCCAAAGACUAUAUACGGUCAUUCAGUUGAAAAACAAUGUAUAAAUGCACUCCCGCCAAAGAGAGUAAUAGUUCACAUCAAUCGACACUCGUAUCCGAUAGUCUUUAAGUAUCUAAUUCUUUCCUAUUUAUGCAUUUCUUGCCUUAUUUAUUGACGUCUGAGCGUUACAUGGCAGCUUUUUUUUUUCUUAUUUUUUUACACUUACAAUACGUCUGUGUGCAUUGGUGUGAACUUUUCAACUCAAUGUGUAUUAAUAUUAAUAAAUACGAUUAAUAAAAUGAUGUGUCUAAUUAAAAUAGGAAAAUUGAAUGUGUACGAAGUAAGAAGUGAAACUUCUUUGGUUUAUAAUUAACUAGCGGACGCCCGCGACUUCGUCCCGUAGAUCUCCUUUAUCCACCAUUAUCGCCAAAUCCGUUCUUAGCGGAUACCUACUAACUAUAGACUACCUCCCUGCCAAAUUUCCUCUUUGUACGUCGAGCGGUUUUAGAGAUUUCGUGAUGAAAGAUCUUUCACAUUUAUAUAUUAAGAUUAUUUAUUAGUCAACUUUUGUGGCUUGCUGGCGGUUUACAGUUCUCGUUUCACGAUUUUCAAACUGCAUGAAUUCAUGAAAUUUCAUUCCAUUUAACUUAAGUUAAGUGCUGCCAUAAGGAGUUUCACUUCGAAUGUGUAAACUAAACUAAAUCGAGAGCUCAGUUUUUUUAUUUAGAAAAAAUACUGUAUUUUAGGUAUUACUAAUUCUAGUGUCGAGUAUCGCGUCAUGUUGUCGUUCGCCACUAAAUUACCAAUAGGCUGUAUGGUCAUCGAUCUUUGCCUGCCCUACAGUGGACAAAUGAAAAAAAAAACAGCAAUGGCGUCUAAUCACUCGGUCGUUGACAUUAUCGUCAAUGUGGGUUGCCGUAGAAGCUAAUAAUGAUGCCUCUACACGCUUACCGAUCCUCUGAAAACUCUCAUAAAUAAAAUGAACGAAUAAUAAUAAUUAUCUGUAGGUGUUUGUCUUUUUCUGACUACAAACUAUAUAAAGUUCGUGGUUUUGUAAACUACAAAAGAAUAUUAUUUAAGAUUUGACGUCAUAUUUUUCAAGUAUUCAAGUGAAAUCUUAAUUAAUAUUGAUAACUCAGUCAUUUUUAUUUUUAUUUAUGGACUCUUUUAGAGGUGUGGACGCUCGGUAGCGUAUAGUGGUAUCAUAAACAAUAAAUAAUACGAGUAAAUACUUGGGAGAUAUUACUAGUAUGGUACAUUAUAAAUAUGACUGACCCAUGAUUAGUCGUAGCGUCGGAGUACAGCUGCUUAUAGCAUAGAGUGCCAUCAGAUUUGUAGCUUUUAGAGAGUAGACACGGUAGAGCUGCUUCGAACGAAGAAUCGAAUCGUAUUGAUCGAAAGUAGGCUAAAUAUAAGUAAACGUGAAAUAGAAAAUCCGAUAAUAUAGAAAUAUAUAUUAUAUAUGUAUAAUAUAGCGCUACCAAAGUGACAUAAAUACAACUAAUAUAUUUUCAAUGCUGAAAUUCUUCGUUGUUCCUACAUUUUAUAUUGAAUGUCUACACUUCUCUCUGAGUUGGAUGCGAGUUGAUGGAUUAUUGUCUGAUAAUACUGGCUCAAUCUAGUCAUAAGAUCAAUUUGUAAGCUGUUUGGAACAUUAUGAAAUACCACUAUAGCAUUUUUUCUCGGAAUUUUCAAGUUUUUAGGAUAAAUUAUAACUUUGAAGUGUAAUAAUUUAGGAUCUAUGUAUUGGAUAAACGAUUACAUUGCGAUAGUUAUCUUAGAUCAAUAUUCGAAAAAUACAAAUUGAUUUUGGUAACGGCAUUUAUUUAUGAAUUGUAUUGCACAAAAUGUACUUAGUCUGGUGACCUGAUAUUUGUAAACGUCACCAGUGUAUUACUGUAUCUUCAGCAUAAUAAUAUUGUAUGUAUUUAAAGCAUUCAUCUAAUCAUUAUGACGUGAUCUCAUCAUGAAAUAAAUCUGCAUGUUUUUCAUUCAUUUAUUAGAGUGGAUUCGAAUUAGCUGUCAUUUAUACGUCUUCUGUCGGCUCCAACGCCUCUCGUCCAACGGGUGCAUAUAGAAAAUAACACGUUGAAUGCAAUCAAAGCCAUUGUGAUAUUGUACAUUCAUGCGUUGGCCGAGUGGCGUUAAGGCCAGCGUGUGGAGCCGUCAUUAUAGUUUUAUUAUAACAAUAACAUAGUUGAUAAAACAAAAUGAAGUAAUUUAUUUGGCAAAUUCAGUAUUGCAUAAUUAAAAAUAGUAAUAGUAACAAUUUUUUUAACUAAUAACAUAAUCACUCACAUGAAAGUUAAUUGAAUACCGAAAUUGUGCUGUAUCCAGCAUCUCCACUCUUAGACUGCUGUAUAGACUGGAUCUAUAUACUAUUAUUCUCUCUAGAGAGAUCUGUGCCAAGAAGAGAGUUUAGUUUGGUCAUAUUAAUCAAUGGCGCAGAACGUGGCAGCUAGUUGGAUUGCACCAUAACAGUAUUUGCUAGAUGAGCUCUUUAAUCCUCAGUUCCUGUUUUGAAAUCUACACGUUUUAUAUUACAUUCCAAUAACUUUCUCUCAAUUAUAGUUGUUUCUGUGUGUGAAUUGAAUGAUUUAGAAUAAGGCGGCCAACUUUCUGAAAAUUGAAUGAGGGACUUUUUGUGUAGAGAUGGGGUUGGGGAAGGGGGUGAAAGUUUAGUCAAAAAUACUUAAAAACAUAUAACGUAAAAAAGUCAAAUGCCUUUGUAUAUUGCUUGCCGCGCGCAACGCGUAUAGAUGCAGCGUUAUUGUUCGUGCGUGCGUGUGGGUGUUGUGUAUGUGUGUGUCGUGUGGUAGAAAUGCGGGACAUGCGGGACGCAUCCAACGUUUUACGGGACUAUUUUACUAAUUAUUUGAAAGCGAGAUUGCAUCUAGAAUUACGGGAUGGUCCCGCAGAAUACGGGACGGUUGGCCGCCUUAAUUUAGAAGAGCUUUAUAGUUUUCUUAGGCAACAUUAUUAGUGUUUAUCUAAGUGUUAAUCGGUCGGUGUAAUCAUUGGGCGUGUUUGGUUCCAUAGCUACGUUUACCGUGUAAAUAUAGUCUCGAAGCGUACUGACUGGAGACUCGUAUGUUUGUUGUGUUCGUAUGACUGAUGAUCAUCAUUUAGAAUAUUUAUUUCGAUUAAGGUUUAACGAUUAAUGUAAGUAGGACUCCAUUAACUAUUGCCAAAAUUUAUGAGUACUUUUUUAUCUUUGUUGAUGUUUUUUUUUUAUUUACUUCCCCUUAAAUUAUUUUUAAUAUUUAUUUUGGGACCAAAUUAAUUUAUUGUAAUCCUACGAUUUUAUUGUUUGUGUAUUUGGGUGUGUUCAGAAAAGAAUUUUAUUUAUAAAUAAAUAAAGAAACCAAAGUCUAUAUCAAA